AGAGGCAGCAGGCAGCAGCAGCACAGAGUCACCGUCCAGACACCGACACAUCGUGAGAACAGAGACCGACAGACGAAUCACAAGCAGCGGGGAUGUAGAUGAGAGUGACUCGGUGGGGACGGAGGCUGUUGUCAGAGAAUGCCACAGCAAGCGGACACGCUGCCUGCAUUAGCUCACUAUUGUUCUCAGCUAGCUCUGAUAUUUAUAGCGCAUAACAUUGAGUCGUGAGUAGUGUUUUGUUUGUAUUUGCGAGGAUCUUCUGGCGGACUGCGUUAAACAUCCUCCGGCCAGCAUGCCUCCGCCUCAGAGCCUCCAAUCCAGCGGACUGACCCUCUCUGAAAUAAGCAUAGGUUCCUUUAAGAGGAGGAAGAGGAAAUCCAUAAUCGUGACAGUGUUGCUGCUCAUCGUAUCUUUGCUCAUUCUCAUCUUUGGCCUGGCGGCGACUACCAGGACACAGAACAUCACAGUUGGCGGCUAUUACCCAGGAGUCAUUCUGGGCUUUGGCUCGUUUCUGGGAAUUAUCGGCUCUCAUUUGAUAGAGAACAAGAGGCAGAUGUUGGUGGCGUCUAUUGUCUUCAUCAGUUUCGGAGUGGUGGCUGCCUUCUGCUGUGCUAUUGUCGAUGGAGUGUUUGCUGCAAGGCACAUUGACCUCAGGCCUCUUUAUGCCGGUCGCUGUCAGUUUCACUCCGGUGAAACUUCAUCUGAACGUGAAGUUCCCUGUGGGACAUCAUCACGCGCACCCUGUAACCUGCAUGUGAGGGGCAACACCUGUUACUGCUGCGACCUGUACAACUGCGGGAAAGAACAUCCUCUUAUGGGACUUCAGAAUAAAGAUGUUUUGAAAAAGUUUAGGAAAUCAUCCAUGAUUUGGAAGUCUAGCCGUGUGGAGGUGAUUGGAGGCUACCAUGAAUACACGGACGUGAAGAGCUGCCAGGACGUGGUGCACCUCUAUCACCUGCUGUGGUCCGCUACCAUCCUCAAUAUUGUGGCCCUCUUUCUAGGAAUCAUUACUGCUGCGGUGCUGGGAGGCUUCAAAGACAUGACUCCCUCUGCUGCCUCAGAGAGUUCAUCUGAACCAGAGGCCCUCACAGCUCCAGUCCCGUCACAGCCUCCUCCACCCACCACUCAACUCAACUCCUACUACAACACUGCCCCCUGUCUGCCGCCUUACACUGCCUACGACAUGCAGCAGGGCUCCUACAUGUUCCCAGACUCCUCAGGUCUGUCUGAUGACUCCCAGUCCGGAGCCAGCCACCUGUGGCCCACCAUGAUUCCUCCUCGCUACUCUCCUCCUCACAACCAUCCUGACGAGAAGCCCCCGCCGUACAGCCCGUAAGACGGCCUCGCUCAGAGGAAGCACCAGGAGCCACCAGGUGCUGUUGGUUGGAGCUGAUGGAGUGGUUUGAAUGCACACUUCCUCAGAGCUUUUCCUCACAAUCUUUUUAAGAACUGUGUGGAGGGAAGGUGGUGAGGAAGAGGAGGACAGUCCACGGAGCACACUCACUUUGAGUUCAGCCCAACACAUGGAGUGUUUGUCUCCCUGGGCAUCACUCACACUCAUGCCUGCACUGUGCAUCUAGGAGAGACAACCAGUUCAAAGCAGGACUGUUUACACAUCUAUCUGCCUUAAUGCAAACGGGCUUCCAGCGCUGCAGCUCUCUGGACUUAUCUGGUACAAGGUCAGAACUCUCCUCCGGCCCAUGCUUUAUGUUCACCUCUCUUUAAUACGUAUUAUUAUUAAUGCUUCCUCACUCUGAGGAUCUGGACUGAUAAAUACAGCUACGACCCUCCUGUGACAUCAAUCCCGCUACAUGAAAGCUUUGGUGUCAUUUCUGAAUCAGCUAGAAAAAUAAAACGUUAGAGUUGUAGGCCCGGGCAGUAAUUAUUAAUUAAUUAGGCAAAGUUAGCAGUAAUGAAGGUAUUACAUGCUCACCACGUAUGUACAGCAGUAUGAUAUACAGAAGCUCCUGUAGCAGUUAAACCUACGGUAUACAGAUCAUAGUAUCUAUAUAUCAGUUUAGAUCAAUGUGUGGUCGAAGCUCUUCUGCAGUAGGAUGCUGAAAAGUUGCACUCCAACACCCUAUUUAUUGUAUUUUCACUAAAAGCUGCAAAGCAGGUCAGUAUGUAUCAUCUCUCUCUUUGUAAGUAGUCACAGUAUCACAUCUAUCAGUUGAAAUGUGUCGUCUUUGUCAGGAAUAAACACCAGUGAGGCAGAGUGUGAACAGUCGGUGCUGGAUUCACUGACAUGAGGCAGAAGAUCUGGAGAAGUCUGAAGAACUGUUGUUCACUGAGGAAGAGUGAAGUAGAGCAAACUUAGUCCAAGUCCAUGAGACGGGUCUCUGUCAACUUUAAUCACUGCUUUUUAUGAUUUAAACAACUCACUCUCAGGGGCUGAUUGUCAGUUCCUUUUUGUCUUGCCAUUAAAAAAUGUUUUGUGUAAAUUAAGUGGUGUGUUUCUUUUUUGUGAGCUCAAAACGCCGUUGGUUGGAAAUUUCAACAACGAUCAGAUACCUUGCCUUGAAAUUUAGCACAGACAUUCCUGUUAUGCUCCAAACACAUACUUUUUCAUUUUACUUUUAGUCGGACUGCAAAGAACAGUAGUGUUCAAAAUAAUAGCAGUCCAAUGUGACUAACCAGAUUAAUCCAGGUUUUUAGUAUAUUUUUUAUUGCUACAUGGCUAACAUAGCUUCAUCCUUAACCCAUUGAGGCCUGAAACGCCUG